UACAUGAGCCUUUACGAAGCAUAGGUGAGGAAGAGAUUCAGUUAAAAUGUACGUCUUCCGACAAAAGUAUUUUUAUCCACUAAACAACACGUGGUUUUCAUCUUAAAAUCCUCUAAAAAUGUGCCAUCACAUUCAGCUCUUUUAACUCUCAUUGCACUUAAAUUAGAACUCACUUAAUUGUUAUGGAGUACAUUUGUGUCUAAUUUAAUGUAAUCAUUCUAAAAUAUAAACUAGAACAUUUUCAAGAGCGAUGUUCAAUGAUAGAGCGUUUAACACAACUUCAUGUCUACUACUUAAAGUGGCAACCUUAGCAUGGAGAACAAAUAAUCAGAUGCCACAAGCCAUUCAGGGUACGCAGCAAACUGAUCUGAUACAAUACAAUAUGCAGUCAUACCCUUGCACAUGACAGGUGAAACAUGGUGGUGGCAGUAUCAUGCUGGGCAGAUGCCUUUCUUUAAAAGGGAGUGGAGGAACUAAAGACUUGAGAUUUGGUCUGAGGCGUGUUUACCUUUCAGCAGGUUAGCACUAAACAUUCAGCCAUGCAUACAACCAAACUGUUUAGAUUAAGUGUUAUGGCCCAGUCAAAGUGCAGCCGCCUGGAGAAAAUUCAGAAUUUGAAGGACACCGUAAACAUUGCAGACUCUUGUGACUUAUUAAUGUUUUUAAUGCCUGCACUGAUAAAGUUAGAUUUCACUUUUGUGACUGUUUUACUCCAUUUGAAGUUGAUGUCAUUAUUAGACCUUUACAUUUUACCCCUACAUUAGUCUGAACCAGAGGGGGAGGGGUGUUGGGGGGGUAGAUUAACGAAGAAUUAAAAAGAAAACUUUAAGUCUGCUUCUGCCGGCUGACAUAAUCAGUCUCUUUCAUACAACAGCCCUUUGUCGGUGCCUUGCAUUGUGCGGCAGACUUAAGCUACAACUUCAGGGAUUAAACAGAAGCACAUGAUGAUUCGACCCCGUGAUUUGUCGACGAGAGCUGCCUCAUGGACUCAGUCAUUUCCUUUUUCUUUUCCUUUCCCCUUCUUCUUCUUCCUCCUCCGAACACCGUCUUCUCCUCUCCCUCCUUCUCCUCCGCUGCAUCGCCCCGCAGUCCGUGAUGGCCUCCCCGCGGCUGGAGACGUUCUGCUGCCCGAACCGGGACGCUGCCACGGAGUUCGCAGUCUCCUUCCAGCCCGUCCUGUUCGGGGCUCUGAGUCUGGGCAGCGCCGCUCUGAGCCUCAUGUUCGCUGUUCUGCAGGUUCUGCCGAAGCGCAAAGGAUACAGGAGACUGGGACAGUACCCUCUGCCGAGGCCCGCCUCCUCCUCCAGAAUAUUGUUCAUCAUCAGUAUAUGUGACAUACUGGGAUGCACAGGGAUCAUCGUCAGAUCCUCUGUGUGGCUGGGUCUGCCCAGCAUCGUCGAAGGCAUCUCAGUGACCAACAACACGGACGUGUUGCCAGAGGCCUUCUGUGUUGGCAGUGCAAUGUGGAUCCAGCUGUUCUUCAGCGCUUCGUUUUGGUGGACCUUCUGCUACGCCGUGGACGUCUUCCUGGUGGUGAAAACCUCUGCUGGGAUCAGCACCAUUGUCCUCUACCACAUGAUUACGUGGGGUCUGGCUGUGCUGCUGUGUGUUGAAGGAGUGGCCAUGCUCUACUACCCAUCCAUCUCUGACUGUGAACAAGGCCUCCAGCACGCUGUUCCCCACUACAUCACCACAUAUGCCCCCAUGCUGCUCGUCCUCAUAGCUAACCCCGUGUUCUUUAGCCGGACCGUCUCCGCAGUGACAUCUUUGUUAAAAGGGCGACAAGGAAUCUAUACAGAAAAUGAGAGACGGCUGGCUAACGAGAUUAAACUCCGAUUCUUUAAAAUAAUGCUCGUGUUCUUUGUCUGCUGGGCUCCAAAUAUCAUCAAUGAGUGCCUCCUCUUCUACCUGGAGAUGCAGCCAGAUAUCACUGACAACAGUCUGAGAGACAUCAGGAACGCAGCCCUCACCACAUGGUUCAUCAUGGGCAUUCUGAACCCAAUGCAGGCUUUCCUCAACACCCUGGCCUUCCACGGCUGGACGGGUUGGGACGUGGACCUCAACCCGCAGCGGAGCAGGGAGCUGGCCUGGGACUCGGGCUCUACCUCGGUGCCUACCACGGCCGGACAAAACCCGGUGGUGGGAACGACUCUGCUGUACCAGAGUCACGUUCAGGAAGUGCAGAAGAACACGAUAGGAAACGGACAGCAGCACUCUGACGCCAUCAGUGUCCUCUCUGAAGGUUCAGAGUCUAGUACAGUUGAAAUCCACAUUUCCAGCGAGCUACAAGGGGACGUAGAUGCUGACGGAGAGUCCUUGGAGAACUCUGUGAGACACUAGCUGGCCUCAUCCACACUCCAACUCCCUCCCCUUUUACAUCGUAUUAGGUUUUAGAAGUUAGACCUUGGUAGUUUUAGUCAAGUGUUACGAUGGCAACUGGUUUUGAGAAAGCUGCUCUGACACAGUAGAUUCGAUUUUCUGUUUUUAAGACCUGUUUUUUUUUUUGUUACCUCUGAACAUGUUAAACCUUCAGCAGUAUUUAUAAGGUUUCUUUUGCCGAUCAGCUGAACAGCCCCAGCAAUAUUUUUUUCUCCUUAUAGCGUAAAACUUGCAAAACAAACUGACAUUUGUUUUUAUCUGGUUACAGAUUGACCUUUAGUGCUGGAAGAGAUUUCUUUUUUUCCCCAACUGGCAAAAUUCUUUCAGUUUAGUGCACCGAUCUUGUAAAAUGGAUCCUAUCAAUAAGCUAAGAAGACACUACAAAUUCUUUAAGCUUAUCAGUGUUUUUUUUUGUUUUUUUUUUAUAAAGGCUAUUGUAUUUCACACUAUCAGUCUAUGUAUUUUUGCACAAAUCUUAUGUCGUAUUAAAUACCUUAUAGAUUU